GCUGAGGUUCUCUCUUCCCUUCUUUCCCUACAAAACCGCCCCCCAGCCCAGGCGGCCACCCACGACACACCGCACGCAGCAAAAUCCAGAGCCCCAAUUCCCCACUCGCAAACCUUGUACUCUCUGAGGACAGCCAGCAGCCGCCAGGAAGUAGAAGAAGGAGGGGAGAUAUGGUGGUGAAGAGCGGAGGAGGAGGAGUGGGGGAGGAGGGGGCGGCGUGCGCGGCGGUGCGGCGGUGGCUGGAGGCCGGCGGCGGGAGGCUGGUGCUGGACGGCGGGCUGGCCACGGAGCUGGAGGCCCACGGCGCCGACCUCAACGACCCGCUCUGGAGCGCCAAGUGCAUCCUCGCCUCCCCUCACCUCAUCCGCAAGGUCCAUUUGGACUACAUAGAAGCAGGUGCAAACAUCAUAAUCACAGCAUCAUAUCAGGCUACCAUUCAAGGGUUUGAGUCUAAGGGGUUUUCAAAACAACAAGGUGAAGAUUUACUAACGAAGAGUGUUAAGGUUGCACAGGAAGCACGUGAGAUGUUUCUGAAGGAGCAUCCAGAUCAAUCCACUCCCAUGCAACAUCCUAUUUUGGUUGCAGCUUCCAUAGGAAGUUAUGGGGCUUAUCUUGCUGAUGGCUCCGAGUACAGUGGGGAUUAUGGUGAAGCUGGAACACUAGAAUUCCUGAAAGAUUUUCAUCGGCGAAGGCUUCAGGUUCUUGCAGAAGCAGGUCCUGAUUUGAUUGCCUUUGAAACAAUCCCCAACAAAUUGGAAGCUCAGGCAUAUGUUGAACUUCUUGAUGAAUGCAACAUAAGUAUCCCUUCAUGGUUUUCCUUCAACUCAAAAGAUGGAGUUAAUGUUGUGAGUGGAGACUCACUAAUUGAAUGUGCUACUAUUGCUAAUGCAUGUGCAAAGGUUGGUGCAGUUGGAAUAAACUGCACGCCUCCAAGAUUUAUUCAUGGCCUGAUACUCUCCAUUCGGAAGGUAACAGACAAGCCAAUUCUGAUAUAUCCCAAUAGUGGGGAAAGAUAUGAUGCUGAGAAAAAGGAGUGGGUGGAAUCCACUGGUGUGUGCGAUGGUGAUUUCGUUUCUUAUGUAAGCGAGUGGUGCAAAGACGGGGCUGCCCUUAUCGGGGGCUGCUGCAGGACAACUCCGAACACCAUCAGGGCCAUAAACAGAUCCCUUAACCAAUGCUUGCCUGCACCGUAGUUAUCUGUGGCGUAGAGUUGCGGCGCACUCCUUCAGACGCAUCACUCCUUGGUGUUAUCAUAUGAACAACAUGUCCUGGAGAUUUAGUAAGAGAAACACAAUGUUCUCCUGCAAAUGAGAUAGUUCUGCACUUACAUUUGUGAAAGGACGGUCUGUAUAUGUCCUUAGUUCUUAAGUUGGCCAGGUACAAUCAGUCAAAGAGAGCUGAAGUCUAUGUAAGAAGUGAGCUAGACAAUCUGCGGCGAAGUUCAUGACCCCCUUAUUAGCUAUCAAGAGAGCUGAACACUAUGUAUGUCAUACAGACUCUUGAGUUGUGCUGGAGAUGUUAACCUUGUGUAAUAAUAAUUAAUAAGCUCUUAUGUUAACCUUGUGGACUCUGUUUUCUUGUACUGUAAAUUUUGUCUGAACUAUGGUUGUAUUUCCCUCUUUAAGAUGAGGACCUCCUCCCCCCUGUAGCUGUGAUACCAAAUUACCACAACACUCUUUAGUCAUUCCAGAAUAUUUA